AUGUCAAGUGGAAGGAAAAGCCGAGGUCGCCAAAAGAUUGAGAUGAAAAAAAUGAGCAACGAGAGCAACUUGCAAGUGACUUUCUCGAAGCGCCGUAGUGGUCUCUUCAAGAAAGCCAGUGAGCUUUGCACCCUCUGUGGUGCAGAUGUUGCUCUCGUUGUUUUCUCACCUGGAGAGAAGGUAUUUUCCUUUGGCCACCCCAAUGUUGAUACGGUCAUAGAUCGUUAUCUCUCUCGGGUCCCACCCCAAAACAAUGGUACCAUGCAAUUUAUUGAGGCUCACCGAAGCGCCAACGUGCGCGAGCUCAAUACUCAGCUGACUCAAAUCAACCAGCUACUGGACAUCGAGAAGAAACGUGCUGAAGAGCUGAGCCACUUGCUCAACGGCCGAGACUCAAUUUUGGUGGGCUGGUCCCAUUGA